CUCUCCAUCAGCGCGUCUCGUCCAGUCCUCCGUGAGACCGGAUCUGUGACGGACGUCCCCUCGCCGUCAGAAACUUCUCAGACCGGAAACCAGCUGCUUGGUGUUUUUCCUGCUUCUACUUUUCGCUUUCUACCUGGACACAAAUGACUCGAGAAAAAGCGAUAAAAAGAGGGAAGAGCGCCGCGCGGAUCUCCAUCAGCUCCCGUCCUCACCUUCCUCCCGGUCCGCGCGGACUCUGAGCGCGUGCUUCCCGCCGGAGAUUAAAAGAUGUCUGCCCAUCGAAUCAUCCGAGUGAACAACAACCACAUCCUCCCUCGCUGUAAGUCUGAGGGGACCCUCAUCGACGUCAGUGAGGGGGUCGCCGGAGCCAGUUUCAGCGAUGUUAAAGUGCCUUCUCCCAGUGCCUUACGACUGGACACCCUAGCCUCAUAUGGAACUGCACAGGAAGUGGUUGCUAUUAAGGAUUACUGCCCAAACAGCUUUACUACACUCAAAUUCUCCAAAGGGGAUCGCCUGUACGUGCUGGACACAUCGGGUGGAGAGUGGUGGUAUGCCCACAACAACACAGAGAUGGGGUACAUCCCAGCUGCUUACGUCCAGCCAAUCAACUUCAGGAACUCCUCUCUGAGCGACAGCGGCAUGAUCGACAGCCUUGGUGAUGGGUAUGACGAGGGGUCGAAGGAGUUUUCAGGUCUGGGCGAGUGGGUGGGGAUGAGCCUGAAGCCCUCGGCCAUUUACAACGCCGGUCCUUUCUCUGUGAAUCCCUUUAUCUGCUCGCUGGAUCAAAACUCAGCAGAUCUGAUUCUCUUUGAAUCUCUGACAUCAACGUCAUCUUGCUCCAACUUUAACUCGGGUACAGUCGUGAGCAACGGCUUCAGCAGCAGCCAUAUUAACAGUAUCAAUCCCGCCAGCCCAAACCAAGAAGCUGUACCGAACCUGCACAGAGAGCAUCCGUUUUUUAAGAGCAAACGUUCCCACAGUCUGUCAGAGCUCUCCGUCCUGCAGGCGCAGUCCAACCCAACCCUACCGUCAUCUGGAUUCUUCACCGGCCUCAAGGCACCCUCGCCAGAGCAGUUCCAGAGCAGAGAGGACUUCAGGACCGCAUGGCUGAACCACAGAAAGCUAGCCCGGUCUUGCCAUGACCUGGACUCAUUGGGCCAGAGUCCUGGGUGGGGCCAGACUCAGCCGGUGGAAACCAACAUCGUUUGCAUGUUGGACUAUAACGGAGGGGUUGUUCAGCUUCCAGACACCUACAUCAGCGUGCACAUCCCUGAAGGCCAUGUCAGUAACGGAGACCACCAGCAGAUCUCCAUGAAAGCCUUACUAGACCCCCCUUUGGAGCUUAACAAUGGCCACUGUUCUACUGUAAGCCCCGUGGUGGAGAUCAAGCUCAGCAACAUGGAGACUAAGUCGUUCGUAACUCUGGAGAUUAAAGUUUCCAUCACUGUGACGAGUCCCCACUCUGCAGAGGUGCUUUGUGUUAGAAGUGAUUGUAAGGAAGGGCCGUACACCCCCAUUCCUAAUGCCUACAUUUACAAAGAUACAGUCCAGGUCCAGUUGGACAGUCUGGAGCCCUGUAUGUACAUAGCUGUAGUGGUUCAGUCCCAGUACCUCACCCACAAUAUGAGUGUCUGGGACCACGUCCAGAGGAAAGUCACUCUGGGUGUUUACGGGCCCAAGCACAUCCACCCCUCAUUCAAGACAGUGGUGGCCAUGUUUGGGCAUGACUGCGCACCCAAAACCUUACUGGUUAACGAACUGGGCCAUCAGGCCAGCUCAACUCUGCCGGUGUCCCUCCAGCUGUGGGGGAAGCACCAGUUUGUGUUGGGAUUCCCUCAGGACUUGCAGAUUGGAUUGUACUCCAACAUGUCCAACUACCAAGUGAAGGCGAGCGAUGGCACGGCGGUGAUUCGGGGAUUUCAGGUCAAACUGGGGAAGGUCAGUCGGCUGCUGUUCAUGAUCACAUCCCAGAACGCUGCUAGCAUCUCAGACUUCACUCUCAGGGUCCAGGUGAAGGACGGCCUUGGCUGCAUCCUUACCCAGUUCUGUGUUCAAACGCCACAACCGCCACCAAAAACUGGAGCAAGGCUGGCGGGUCAGAGGAGGUUUCUGAAAAAGAAGGAGGUGGAAAAGAUUGUCCUGUCACCACUGGCUGUUACGUCCAAGUAUCCAAGGUUUCAGGAUCGGUGUAUUACCAGCUUGAAGUUUGGGAAGCUGAUCAAAACGGUGAUCAGGCAGCACAAGAGCACAUAUCUAUUGGAGUACAAGAAGGGGGAUGUGAUUGCUUUGCUCAGUGAGGAGAAAAUCAAACUCCGAGGGCAGCUACGGACCAAGGAGUGGUAUAUCGGAUACUAUCAGGGGAAGAUGGGGCUUGUUCACGCCAAGAAUGUGUUGGUUCUGGGUAAAGUCAAGCCCAUUUAUUGGUGUGGGCCGGACCUAACAACCACAUUGCUGCUGGAGCAGAUCCUGAAGCCUUGCAAGUUUCUCACGUAUAUCUACGCCACAGUGAGGACGGUUUUAAUGGAGAAUGUGGAUAACUGGAGGACAUUUGCGGAUGCUCUUGGAUAUGGGAAUUUGCCGCUGAAUUAUUUUUGUCGGACUGAACUAGACCAUGAACCAGAAAAAGUGGCUUCAGUUUUGGAGAAGCUGAAAGAGGAGUGUACUAACAUGGAGAACAAGGAGAGGAAGUCCUUCCAACGGGAACUCGUGAUGGCUUUGCUGAAGAUGGACUGCCAGGGUCUGGUUGCCAGGCUGAUCCUGGACUUUGUUUUGCUGACAACGGCGGUGGAAGUUGCACCGAGGUGGAGGGAGCUGGCGGAGAAACUGGCCCGAGUAUCCAGGCAGCAGAUGGAGGCGUACGAGGCGCCGCACCGAGACAGGAACGGUUUCCUGGACAACGAGUCGAUGUGGAAACCAGCCUACGACUUCCUGCUGACGUGGGCGGCCCACAUCGGGGACAGCUACCGGGACGUAAUCCAGGAGCUCCACCUGGGCCUGGACCGGAUGAGGAACCCCAUCACUAAGAGGUGGAAGCACCUAACAGGUGCGCUGAUCCUGGUAAACUGCCUGGAGACGCUCCGCAGCGCCGCCUUCUGUCCCACCGGAUACGGAGAUUUUGCUGUCUGAACGUCCUCCUGGUGGCUGAUUAGCUGCCGUACAUCUGGUUAAAUAACGAGGCGUCUCCGGCUGCUACGUUUACAUCAGCACUGUUUCUCCCAUGAAGCACUAACCUUAUUUACUCCUAAAAGACUCCCAUCAUGCUUUCUCUACCUCCCACUGCGUCUCCUGGCUUCAGACUGUUCUACCUCAAAUCCUCUCUUCUGGUGGUUUUCUUUCUUGGACCUCAGGACAACAUCAGGCGUAAACACCUGCAGCUUUUAGAUUGUGCAUCUUUAAAAUGGCUUCUGCUCCACAUUUUUACAUAAAAACCUGUUUUCAUUUGUUUCAGUCUGUUUUUAGAAGUUUAAUGUGGAAAAUAAAUGUUUAAUUUCCAGACAAUUUAUUAGAGAUUCUUUUGCCAAAAACUGCAUUAACAUCAGAGACUGUGGAGUCCAUACAGGUAUAGAUAUAUAUUUUAUACUUGCAGUCUUCAGGCUGUUUUAUCAAUAUUUUAACCAUUAAUUCAGUUUAUUUAAACAAUCAUCUCCAAUCCAGCUAAAAGCAAAUAUGCCACGAGCUAGCGAAGUAGCUAGCUAAGUAGUAGUUAGCUAGCUAAGUAGUAGUUAGCUAGCUAACUAAGUGGCUAGCUAAGUAGCUUGCAAAUAGCUACUUAACUAGUUAGCUAGCUAAGUGGUUAGCUAAGUAGCUAUUUGCAAACCCAGUUUCUAGAUUUGAUCAUAAACUGUCAUGAAGACAUAAAUUAAAAAAUUUGUGACCCUGUGAGCAGAUAAAUCUACAAACAAAAGACAGCAGUGAAUUUAUUAGCAGUCAGGGACUUUACAUCUCUGUAACUGCUAGCUUGGUUUCCACGUGCUAAAGGUUGCAUAUACCAAUGUUUCUUUUUAUUACAACCAGUCCCCAGAUAGCAGACAUGUUUGGGCUAAAUCUGGUCUACUUUUGCCACUUUGGCUCAGUUACAGCACUGGCAAGUGUUGUGUGGGCCAAAUUUGGUCCAGAUGUCAGUUGCUGGCCAGGAUGUGGACCACGGCUAGUAUGUUGUGGGUCAGAAGUGGUCCUAAUAUGGGAAGCCUGGUUUAUGUAGUGGUCAUGUGACUGAGUUCCAGCAGCUACACUGACGUUUAGUCAACGCUGUCAGUCAAGGCUAAAUCUGGGCCAAUCGAGGAUGCACAUCUGGGCCAUAUUUGGGCCAAACAUGUUUUGCUAUCUGGGGAUUAUUUCUUAUCCCAGACCGUUGAGCAGCACAUUGUGUUGUUCAUUUUGUUAUAGCUGAACAGCGAGUCAAACAUCAACAUGAACAUUAAAGAAAGCAGUUUUCAGACUAGCCUCAAACCUACUCCUUAUCCUCCUUGAUCUCUAGCUGAGAUCAAACCUCAGCGCUGCUUUACCGUGUGCUCCCACACAACAUGCCGGCCCUGCAGGAUCAGUUCAUGCUCAUGUGUUCUGCCAUGUUGGUUGGCAUGUUUAACUUCAGACUGCAGGCGCCACCGUUUCCCUCUGUUAACAACCUGGACGCAUCUUUUUCUAUAACCCGACCACGUAGCCCUGCUUAGAUCCCUUUCAUAACACAAGCUGUCAGUCUUCAUACAUGUGCUGGAUUACAUGCCGGGUUUCAAUAAAGUUACAAUGAACGCCAGACCGAAUAAUCAAUAAGCUUUAGGACAUGCAGAAGGCAUACCGAGACAGGAAAAAGACCUGGACAGAAGCUGGACGUGGUUCCAUCUUUACAGUUGUGUUUUUCUGUUGCCUGGCAACCAGUUAUAAUUUCAGCUGGUGUUGCCAUAGUAACAUCUGGUUUAUUCCAGGAAAGCAUUGGUUAUAAUGGAGGCUGAAGGGUUUCAGGGCCAACAUCGUCUUCCCAGUUAGGUUCUGGUUAAACUAGUGUGAAUGCGGGCCGGUUUACCAAAAAGCACCAAGAUUGCGAGACUCCAGAACCAGAACUUUUAUUGCUGGUGGUUUGCAUCUCAGCAUGCUCUGUGUGGUCUUCUCUGUCUUUGGUGUAUAUCUGUGGCAGGGCUACAGCGCCAACUACAGGCCUGGUGGUGGUACUACCGCGUCUUACCGGAUCUGUGGACCUUUCUGGAAUAAGACUAAAUAGUUUCGUCCUAGUGGACGUGACCUCAGUGACAGGAGAACUGGAUCCUGGUCUAGUUAUCAAACCAGUAUGUCAUCACAGGGUUUUUAUUGGUGGGCUGGUUAGACGUGGUUAAAUGACAAAACAGGAAGUGAUGAUUUACAUACUUUGCUUCUAAAUGUCUCCGUAUCAUUUACAGAACUUUAAAAAAGACAUUUUCCAGACAUUAUUUAUGUUGUUUGUUUGUUUGUUUGUUGGUAAAUGUAUGUUAAAAGCAGCUUUCUGUGAUCUGAGCAACUUUAAUCAAUCAGCUUUGAUGCUUUUUGUUUAUUUAAUAUUUUUUCUGCUUUUUUUUUUUGUUUGUUUCUUCAGGAUGAGUUUGUGUCUGGAAUCUGCAUCCGACAUGAACAGGAGGAAUUUCUAUAUUUAUACUAAACACCAGCAGUGUGUAAGUGAGGCUGUUUUACAUCAGACCUGAAAUCUGUUCAGUGUUUCUAUUC